CAUUCUUUGUGAAUUUAUAAUUUCAGAUUACACAUACAUAAUGUUUCUGUGGCUUUUAGCCGGAUUUUUUGUUCUUUUGUGGAUUUAUUUAAGAAGAAACUAUGGAAAACUUGAAAAGUGUGGUAUACCUGUUAUCCCUCCUUUCCUGUGUUUUGGGAGUGGACCAUGGGCACUGCAUAAAUAUCAACUAGCAGAGUUGGAUGAGAAGAGAGUUGCCAAGUAUGGGAAAGUGUUUGGAGCAUAUAUUCUAAGCCAGCCUAUGGUGUAUGUAGCAGACGCUGAUAUUAUCAAGCAAAUUACUACAAAGGAUUUUGAAAGCUUUCAUGGCCAUCUUUUCAAAUUUGGAGACCAAAAGUUUCGCACCCUGGAUAUUGCGGAUGGGGAGGAAUGGAGAGAACUGAGAAAAGGUAUGUCACCCAUCUUCACAUCUGGAAAGAUCAAAGGCAUGUUGCAGUACGUGAACUGCACAUUGGAUAACAUGAUGGAGCACCUGGAGAAGAGAGUGAAGGAGGACCCAGUUAUAGACCUGAAACCUGUGUUCCAAAAGAUGACAAUGGAUGUGAUUGGAAAAUGUGCAUUUGGAAUAGAAAUUAACUGUUUUGAAGGAAACACUGAUCUGCUGCGACUAGGAAAUGGAGUCUUAGAAGGAUUCAAAGUCAAAAAUGCAAUGGAUGCUUUCUUCAUGAAUAUCUUUUUGGGAUUAUCCGGCAUAGAAAACUAUCUAGAUAUGGUUCCUCCAGAAAUGAAAGAAUUGUGGAAAAUAUUCAAAAAUAUUGAAAAUGGAAGAAAAGUACCUAAUGGGGAUUUUAUUGAUAAAAUGGCAGAAAUGAAAAAGCAAGUUCAGAAUGGCGAAUUAAAACAUCUAAGCGAAGAUCAAAUUACAAGUCAAUCCAUAAUUUUUCUUAUUGCUGGAUAUGAAACUACAGCAAGUACUCUUGGAGCGUUGUGCUAUCAACUUGUGAAAAACACUGAGGUUCUAGAAAAGCUAGUUGCUGAGAUUGAUCAAGUUCUGGAGGAGUUUGAUGGAAAGCUUGAUCAUGAAACUGUUGCUGAGAUGCCAUACCUGGAGGCCUGUGUAAAGGAAACACUCAGGUUUUCUUCUCCAGUAUCAAGAAAUGACAGAAUUUGCAACAAAGACUUUGAAUACAAGGGUAUAAAAAUACCAAAGGGUACAGGUAUUGGAAUAUGCGCUCAAGUUGUACACUUUGACCCAGAGUACUGGCCUGAACCCUACAUGUUUAAACCAGAACGGUUUCUCAAAGAGAAUGCUGGUAGCAUAGUUCCUUGUUCAUGGCUGCCCUUUGGAUCUGGUCCCAGAGCAUGCAUUGGAGAGAGAUUUGCUAUGAUUGAGAUAAAAAUGGGAACUGUUCGACUUCUUUCCAAAUAUAAGAUAGAAAUAGACUCUAAAACAAGGUAUCACGUUGAUAAAGGAGAGGUUUUCUUGGCUCUCUACACAGACAUGUUCCUCAAAUUAACAGAACGUUAAUUUCCUCAUAAAUGGCACUUUCAAACAUGUUUUGUUCUUCACAAUUAGUUUUAAAAUGAUUCAUGACUUCUACAGGGUUAGUCAUAAAGGAUGAGACUUCUGAACAUUCAGAGACAGUUGUACAAUAUUUUUUUGAAUCCCUCAAGGGUUUAAAUUUCCAUUGGUUCAAAUUUAUUAUUGAUAACUUUAUUAAAGGCUGAUAACCAAGUUAAACUCUUUUAAAUUGUUUCCAUAAGAAGAGUUUUAGGUUGACAAUCAAGUCUCAUCCUUUGAGGGUAAUUCAAUAUCUGAAAAACUGUAUGAUUUUAAGAUCCUAUGAUUUAGUUAUUCUUUUUUGAACAAUGUGUUUAAAAAAUCCCAACUCUUUUGAUUGUAAUUUCAAGAGAUAAUUGAGGUAAUUUAAAAAAAACGUAACUUUUGGAACAAGGCCCAAAUUUCACUAAGAAUAUUCCUUUGGUAAAAUAACAGAGUCGAUGGCAAUACUCAAUUGGUCUCUGAUCAUUGGCUGAAAAUACUGCUUGCUUCUUAUUGGUUGAAGAAAAGCAUCCCGCCAAGGAGAAUGGACCAUUUACAUGAACCCCAUUCAUGACUUGUAAAAAAUACCCUAAUAUUAAAAGAAAAUAUAUGAAAAAUGGGA